AUCGUUUAUGUACACGAGAAAGAGAAGUGGGCCAAAAAUGCUCCUUGGGGUACUCCAAAAGUGACAGGAAGAGCGUCUGACAAUUCACUUCGACAAGACGUUUGUUGCAUCCGGUUGCUCAGGUAGGACUCAAACCAACCUACGUUGCUAGAUGACACACCCAUUGCUUUAAGUUUGUGGAGUAAGAUGCUGUGGUCCACUGUAUCGAAUGCCUUCGACAAAUCUAGAAAUACAGCUCCACAAAGCCUUCCACAUUCCAUGUUACUCAGAGUUGGUCAGGGUAGUGAUGGUUGAGUACCUUUGUCGAAUUCCAAACUGCUUGCUUGUAAGCAAGUUGUUAGUAAUUAGGUGGCUAUACAAUUGCGAGUGAACGGUUCUCUCUAAGAUCUUACUUAGAGUAGGCAAGACCGAGAUAGGACGAUAGUUUGUAGGAUUGGAACGUUCACCUGAUUUAAAUAGGGCCGUAACCUUAGCACAUUUCCAAAUCUUUGGGAAAUUGUUGCUCUUGAUGGAAAGAUUAAGUAAUCUUCUCACAGACUUGCUCAUUGAACAAGACGCACAUUUUAACAGUCUUGCACUUAUUUUGUCGAAACCGAUAGCUUUGUUGGUCUUCAAAGUCUGGAGUUGUGCAAGAACAUAGGAUUCUUGUACUUCUUCGAGCUCAAACAUUGUUUCCGGGACAGGAGUGGGACUUGCUGUAAAUGUUUGUGAGACAGUUGUAAACUUUGCAGCUAAGGAUUUUCCGACUGAGGCGAAAUAAGUGUUAAGGGCAGUGGCAAUAAAUUUGGGGUCUGAGUGUUUUGCUUCAUCAGUGACAAUGUACUGCGGGGUGGAGCUCUUGUUAUCGCGUGACGAAACUUCGUUAACCGCCUUCCAAAUCCUGCUGGAGUCACCUUUACUUUGUUCAAUUAGCUCGCAGUAGUAUUUGGACUUGGCCGAUUUUUAUUAACAAAGUUUCUCAAUUUUUUUACAUAUUCCAAUGAUAGGUUUUGUUGGACUUCAUCAAGAAUAAUUUUGCUAACUUUGCCAAGUUCACUUUUUGCGGGGUUUAUUAAUCGAAACUUUGGGUUGUCCUCGAAAUUUUCCUUGUGGUCCUUUGCUGUUACAAACGCUUCUCGUUUUGCCAUUGUUUCAAUAUGGUUAUCGAUUGAAAGAUCUAUAGCAAUGUCUCUAAGAUCUUCGUUCACGUUAUUUAACAUGUUUGUUUCGCCGAGUUUAUAAGAUUUAGUAAUGUUAUCUUUCAAUAUCUUAUCGUAUUGAUCUGGCGUUGUUUCGUAAAGGUUUCUUGUUUUAUCAGCGAAUAUAUACAUGUUAGUUGAAGAAUUUACCUUUUUUAGAUCGUUGUUAAUUUUUGUAAGGAAUGGGUCGUUCACUUCUCGAAACCUUAACCUUUCGACCAUAAGGACGAGAUCUUCUUCAAACCCUUUCAUUUCCUUGACAAGAGGUGGCGACUUUUUCGAUUUGAAGCCAAAGUUGUUUCGUUCAUACUUGCUUUGUCCGUUUAGAAAGAAGUCGGCUUUCCAUCUCAUUCUGGUUACAACACUUUGCACUUUCUCGAUAAGACGUAAUCGGUACGUGUCUUUAGAAGAUACUCCAAUAUUUUUGAGCGAGUAAUCAAACAGGAUUGUGUUCAUUUUAAGCGUUGGCUACACGAACUAGAGUGCACAACUGAUUGCCAGGUGCCAAAAUAUUUUGCAAGUGAAGCCUACCACAUUUCCCAUGAUGCUUAGCUAUAAUGGGAAUUGCCUAUUGACUGUGCAUAUAUAUUUUUAAAAAUCGCCUGUCACUUUCAUGCUUAAAACGAGUAAAGUUGAGAAAACUUAAAAAUUUUACCGCAUGUGUCAGUAGUUUCCAAGAGUCUUUGUUUGUGUGUAAUCCAGAACCAAAAUUAGGCCAUUUUGAUAAGCUUUUUCCCUUUAAAUGCAGCUUUUAAUACUUAAAAACGGCUAUUGACUCUCGCGCCCUUCGCCGCUUGUUGCUACUAGUAGGCUAUCACUAAUAGCCUACUAUAGUAGCGUAUAGCCAAUCAGAACGCACAAUACAUGAUAGCCUACUAGUAUAGGUUUAUGCUAAUUAACAGUUAUUCUACGACCUCGAGUCGAAUAUGAGCUGAUAGCCGAUGAGGCGCGUAGAGCCGAAUCGGCUAUCGCUCAUAUUCGACGAGAGUGAGUGGAAUAACUGUUUUAUUAUAUACACAAGGUCUGAAUUCACAGACUUUGCUUUUCGGAAUUUUUCUAUUUUCGGAUAUUUUCUAUUAUAUUUUUCUAUUUUGUUUAUGUUUUUAUCUUCGCUCUUUCGGCCGAUUAUUUCUUCAAAAAUAUAUAUUUUUAAUCAUUUUAAAUAUUAAAAAUUCAUUUCCUAACCUGUAAACAAUUUGUGCAAGUUUUUUCAUUGUGUUUUUAAUCCUGUAAAGGCUAUCAAAAGCGAACAACUUGCCGUUUUCUCGUUCGCAAAAAUCGGAAAUUCAGUUGAGUCGCCAUUUUGUUUUUCUCUACUAGUAGGAUAUGAGCUAAUAUCCUCCUAGUAGAGAACCAAUCAGAUUGCAGAAUACCUCAUAUCCAGACCUUGUGUAUAUAAUAGCUUAUAUCGUACUGUAUAUGUUCUCUCUCUAUUGUAGUUUGGUAUCAAUAUUUGUGUCAGCUGGUGCCUCAGGGAUACCAAAUUCCGGAUUAUCCUAUACCAUUUUGUGUCUUGAAGCUGUUGGAGUUCCAACAAGAUUCGUUGGCCUUAUCUUUACUAUUGAUUGGAUUGUGUGAGUUGAUGCAUGUGUAUUACGUACAUAUAUAUAGUCAACCAUUGCGCACGUCUGGCUGAUCAUUUACCAAUUAAUGAGGAGUCAAAAUCCUCUUCGUCAUAUUUUUGGGUAUAUUUUCGUUAUAAUAUUGUUAUCUGUACCUUCAAUCCUCUAUAUUUAGCUUUCCUCUAUCCAAUAACCAAAGUACCCAUAUAAUAUAGCUACGUUGGGCCAUUUUGCACGAAAAAGUUUGUUUGGCGACCUCUUCACAUGCAAUUUGAUAGUAUUUGAAGAACUCACUCGAAAAUAUCAUACAAUGGCUACAAUAAGUUAUUAUCAAAAAGAAUAUUAUCAUAUCCGAAAACGUUGGUAUUAUUAUUUUAUACAAAUUUUCAAAUAAUGUCAUGAUUAUAUCCACAGUGGCCGAGUACAAACUGUUAACAACGUCAUGGGAGAUGCUUAUGGUGCAGGAGUGAUAAACCACGUGUCCUCUGAUCUGGAUGUGCUGUUUAUAGGCGACGAUGGAAACGAGAGCAUAAAAAAUGGCAACGCAAAUUAA